CGCGACUGCCUGCCUGCCUGCCUGCCGGGGCGGGUCCCGUGAUGGCUGGCGGUGGCAGCGCUGCCGUGGUCGCUCUGUCUCUCGCGGCUCUCCCGGCUGCCCUCCCAGGACCGACUCUUGGACGACGACGACGCGCUGCCAUGGCCGAGGACGAGACCUCGGAGAGCGCCAACGAGGGGUCAGGAUGGCUGUCCAGUUGGCUCCCUGCUUGGUGUCCCACAUCACUGGUACAUCUUAAAGAAGCAGAAGAGAAAAUGUUGAAAUGUAUCACAACUCCAUACACUAAACAGUAUGUCUUCAUAUCCAAUGGAAAUAAAAUAUGGACACUAACAUUCUCUCAGAACCUUUCACAGAAAACGCCACUUAUUCUUCUGCAUGGGUUUGGAGGUGGUGUUGGACUUUGGGCUCUGAACUUUGAAGACCUUUGUGAAAAUAGGACUGUGUAUGCGUUUGAUCUCUUGGGGUUUGGACGCAGUAGUAGACCACAGUUUGACACUGAUGCAGAAGUAGCUGAAAAUCAAUUUGUAGACUCUAUCGAAGAAUGGAGACGGAAAAUGGGAUUGGACAGAAUGAUUUUACUUGGACACAACCUUGGUGGAUUCCUGGCAGCUGCAUACUCACUGAAAUACCCAUCAAGAACGAAACACCUGAUACUAGUGGAACCAUGGGGUUUUCCAGAAAGGCCUUCCAGUGCCGAUCAUGAGAGGGCUAUUCCAAUCUGGAUCAAAGCACUUGGAGCAGUUUUGAGUCCAUUUAAUCCAUUGGCGGGUCUCAGAUUAGCAGGACCCUUUGGAUUGAGCCUUGUACAGCGUAUUAGGCCAGACUUCAAGAGAAAGUAUUCUUCCAUGUUUGAUGAUGAUACAGUCACGGAAUAUAUCUACCAUUGUAAUGUGCAGUCACCAAGUGGUGAAACAGCUUUCAAAAACAUGACAGUUCCAUAUGGAUGGGCAAAAAGGCCAAUGCUGAAGCGAAUUGCCGAUAUGCACAAAGACAUUCCCAUUACGGUGAUUUAUGGAGCACGAUCAUGUAUUGAUGGCAAUUCUGGGACCACCGUCCAGUCUUUACGACCAAGUUCAUAUGUGAAAACAAUAGCUAUCCUUGGUGCAGGCCAUUAUGUAUAUGCUGAUCAACCUGAGGACUUCAAUCAGAAAGUAAAAGAGAUCUGCAAUUCUGUGGACUGAUAAGAUUCUGCUCUUUGGGAAUGGGAGCUACGGAGGCAAUUCAAAGCAAUACUUUGUACUAUUUUACAAGCAUUAAGGAAUACAGAAGCCUAAAACAACAGAUUUUGUUUGCACCAUUUAUUUCAAAUGUUUGCACACUUUAAACCAUUCAGUGCCUUUUACUGAGGGGAGAUAUAAAAUUCAACAAUAUUGUACAUUUUAAUUUGAUGCUGUUCUUUGUAUACUUAGAUAAGAUAUUGGUGUUUCUAUGUAUACUAAACAUGAUUUUAGAACUGGAUUCCUUAAAAUGGAAUUCUGAAGAAUUUAGAACAUUUAAAAUUGUUCUAUGAGUAUAUAGCAAGGUUUUCUGUAGUAAACAUUCUCACAAAAUACUGAGUAAAAUGACAGCUUGGCUAUUGCAGUGUGUGCCAUCUUCAUACACUGACUUUUCAAAAGGGGAAAAUGUUUCACAACUUUUUCUGUCAAGAAACUGUACAGAACAUAUUUAUAUUUUGCUGUACCUUAUGAAGUGGACUAUGCCAAAUUAAGUACCACUGAUGAGCAUCCAAGACAAAAGUAAAUUUAGCAAGAUUUAGGAAAAGACUGAGCAGUGCUGAUUUUUUUUCUAUCCUCUUGGAACCUUUUGUUGUUCAUUGCAUUAACUAUUAUUGUUAUUGGAUAUUUUCUCAGAUAUGUAAUUCUUUAAGAUGCUAAUACAUCUAACACAUACCUUUAAAGCAGUGUAUAAGUCUGGAGGAAUGGAAGACAAAAUGCCUUUUUAGUUGUACAUCUUUUUCAUUUGGCAAUAUGAUUAUUGCAACAUCUAUAGUCAGUUUGACUAUAGAUGCUAGCAUGAGAAUUUUAUAUUCAAUUAGUUGUUGAACUAAAAGACCACUGUGAUGUUUGUAAUAUGUGGAUGAGUGUACUUAUACAAAUUUAACAUUAUUGGAACUGGAAGAAAAACUAACUUUGUCAAAAGACAGGUAUCCUAUAAAAAGAAGGCAUCAUAAAUUAAAUAAUGCAAAUGGAUCAAGAAAUAUAAUGUGACCCCAGAAUUAUUAAUUUUUUUGAUAAAAAUGUGAUUUUUAUGCAAUGUUUUCAGUAAGAGCAUAAAUAGGCUUUGGUGCUUCACAAAACUGUAAGUCGUUAGUUUCUUAUUGAAUUAAUAUAAGUAAAUUUGUCAACAUAAUGGCAGAUUGCAUGGUUUUUAACUGGUUAUGUUUUGGAUGUUGAAAAUAACUACUGAACUUCUGAUGUUUCUGACAUAAACUUGGAACCAGUCUAAA